CAUCACCCCCGAAGUUGAACCCUAGCGAAGCGAAGCAAAGCAAGGACGACUGCCGCCGGCGAGUUACUGAGAGCCGGUCGUCGCUCGCUGCCUCUCUCCCAAUUCUCAAGCCUUGGCUGUCGUCGCCGGCCGCCGCCAAGUGGUCGGGCAAAAGGGGGGUUGGGUUGUUGAUCUUGGUUUCGAUGAUCGAUUUUUGGGAGCAGUCGAGCUGUCUUGUCCUGGUGGCCAAAUAUUAUUUACCCAUAUGAGUAACUACUGAUACUAGCGCAUCGAAUUAACAAUACGUUUGGAUUUGGUUUUGGCUGGAAAUAGUCCUUGAAGAACGAGUUGUAGUUCUAACCGGAGUAACUGGCAUUGCGGUAACUUCAGUUCUUGCAUUUAUCGGUCACAUUAUGUUUUGUUUAUUGAACUGGAUUGCUCCAGCGGCUAUACCAGUUGGUAAUUUUUUAAAUGCCUCGAUUUGGACUUCUCUUUCUUUCGUCUUUCGUCUUUCGUUCUUACUCUUUAGUCUGGUACAACUUUCAUGCCUGCAUUGACCGUAACCCCCGCAUGGAUGGCAUCGUAUGAAUUGACAGAUAAUUUUGUGGUUCGUGGUUUUGAAACCGAAUAAAUGUUAGACAUGUAACAUUUCUGUACAAAUGCAUUGUAUUGACCACGACUCUUGCAAUUCUUGGAUUUGUUAGAAUUAGAUACCAUGGUGGGAUGGCAAAGGUGCCUACGUUCUGUUCUUCGCCAGGUCAAUACCAUGAUGGAGCGCAAUGGCCGUUCAUCUGCCAUUGGGUAUGAUGCUUGCACUAAGCUCUAUUCACCAGGCCAAUUUGCACAUCCAUGGAUAGUUUCUGAUAUUUCUUCCUCAAGAAUUGGAAGGCCUUCCUAUCAAUAUUUGCAACAUUUGCAAAUUUCCAGUUCGAGGAAACUGUUUGCGGAAGAAGAUGCAAACAUUGUACCUAUUUCAUCCCCUUUGACACCACUUAUGGGGGAUCCUAUGAAGACUGGAAAAAAGGAUGGACUAUCAAAACCAUUGAGGGUUCAAGCUAUUAAGAAAGAUAUAAGACAGAGUCCCAAGAAGGUUAAUCUGGUUGCUAAACUAGUACGUGGAAUGCGUGUUGAAGAUGCUCUGUUGCAACUGCAAGUAACUGUCAAACGAGCUGCAAAGACCGUCUAUCAGGUGAUACAUUCAGCCCGAGCUAAUGCAGCUCAUAAUCAUGGACUGAACCCAGAUCGUCUUCUUGUUGACGAAGCCUUCGUCGGGAAGGGUGUGCAUCUGAAGCGGAUAUCCUACCAUGCCAAAGGGAGGAGUGGGAUCAUGGUGAGACCCAAAUGUCGCCUGACGGUGGUGGUGAGAGAAACCACCCCAGAAGAGGAGGCGAAGAUCGCCAAGCUGCGGGUCAGCAACUUCAAGAAGCUGACGAGGCGGGAGAGGCAGCUCUUCCCUCAUCAGCUCAUCGAGACCACUCCCAGGUGGGGCAGAAAGCGGGAAGCGGCUGCACCGGUGUAAUGUUUCCUUCUCUGCACGGUGCUCAGGAAAGAGAUUGGAUUCAUCUGCUUUAUAGUUGAGGUCCAUCUCAAAAAACACAUCUGCAAGUAACUUGGAGCUGCCGAAGAAUAAAUGUUGAAGUCUUUCGCUGCUUGAGUUGGGACAGUAAAAGUGCAAAGCACACAUGACUUCAUGUAAACAUGCCAAGGAUGUUUGUGAGUAUUUAACUCGUUUGUUCUUUUCA